GCGCUUCCAAACCAAAACUGCGUUAAGUUAUCAGCGCUAACUACUUUUUUUCUCUAAGUGAGACUGCGGGAGAGGCUCAAGAAUAUCCCCUUCGGUUCUUUGUAACACUCUACAGAUAUGCGGUAGAAGAUCAGCUGGGCUUGCGAGACAGAGCGAGAGCCAGAGGGAAAGAGAGAGUCCUGGAGAACCAAAGACGUCCUCAAGAAUAUCUGGCCAACGUCAACCGGGACAGCUAGAGGAACGGAAAGGGCCAUCUCCAACACCCUUCAAGAGACCUGCACCAAACACAUCAUCACUUCAUCACCGUGAUUGGUCCGCCCAGCCAGUCAAGUCCUCUCAUCCAAUCACAAACAAGAGAAGACAAAACAGGAAGAGAGACAAACGGCCAAAAGCCUCAAAAACUGAAGCGUGUGUGCGUGUGUGAGCGUGUGCUUGCGUGGGUGAGUGAGUGUGUGUGGGUGCACACCUGUGUGUGUGUGUGUGUGUGUGUGUGUGUGUGUGUGUGUGUGUGUGUGUGUGUACGUGUGUGUGUUUGAGACACUGGUGUGAUGGAGUCCUGCUGCUGAGGCACAGGGGGGAGGGGGGGCGUGGAGAGGGGGGAGAGGAGACAUGUGGUUUCGGAGGCCCGCUGAGCGCACUGAAGCUAGCUGUAGUAGUCGUAACCAUGGAGACGCGGAUGGCCUGCUGGAGAAGGAGGUGGUCCUUGGCCUGCGCGGCCAUCGCUAUGGCGAUGACGGUUGCCAUGGUUGCCAGCAGGGCGGUGCCACCCGAGGGGGGCGGAGACCAUGAGGAGUUCAUGAAGUCACAAGCAGAGUUCCUGUCGGGCCUGGGGCAGUAUGAGAUCGCCAUCCCCGUGCGAGUGGGGCCUGGCGGGGAGAGCCUGGAGGAGGCGGGGGCGGCAGAGGAACCCCCAAACUCCUACAGCGCCCACAGACGCCAGCGCCGCAGCAGUCCUGCCCAGCCCGCCGACCCGGAGGAGCAAGAGCAGCAGGAGCAGCAGGAGGAGCAGGGUGGCAGCAACACUGGUGGCGGUGGAGAUACACAUGAUGGUGACAGUGACGGCGGUGGCAGUGAUGGCGGCGACGAGACACAGCUGUACUACCAGCUGUCGACGCCCAGCAGCAGCUUCCUGUUGAACCUGACGCUGGCGACGGGGCUGCUGGCGCGCCAGUUCCGCGUGGAGUACUGGAGCCGUGGGCACAUGGCGUGGAGCCACCCCUACGCCCCCAGCUGCCACUACACCGGGCACCUGCAGCACCAGCAGCACAGCAGCCAGGUGGCACUCAGCAACUGCGACGGACUGAGAGGGCUGAUCGUGACGGGUGGAGAGGAGUUCCUCAUUGAGCCGCUGGGUUCGAGUCAGAAUGUGAGCAGCAUCGAGGGCCGUACAGGCCGGCCGCACGUGGUCUACAAGCGUUCCUCCCUGCGACACCAGUACCUCGACCAGUCCUGCGGCGUCAUCGAUGAGAAGCCGGGGAAGACACUGGCCUGGUGGCAGCGGACCAUGAAGACGCCGCCCAACCCGAGGGGGGGUGGGGCCGGGGCCGGGACAGGGAGCGGGGCAGGGGGCGGGCAGCUGCCUCUGAAGCGUUCAGUUAGCCGCGAGCGCUACGUGGAGACGCUGGUGGUGGCGGACAAGAUGAUGGUGGGUUACCACGGACGCCGAGACAUCGAGCAGUACAUCCUCGCCGUCAUGAAUGUUGUUGCCAAACUCUUCCAGGAUUCCAGCCUGGGGAACGCUGUGAACAUUGUAGUCACUCGACUAGUGCUGCUCAUGGAGGACCAGCCCACACUGGAGAUCAACCACCAUGCGGGCAAGUCCCUGGACAGCUUCUGCAAGUGGCAGAAAUCCAUCCAGAACCGCAACGGGAACGGGAACGCCAUCCCGGAUAACGGCAUCGCACGCCACGACACCGCUGUACUCAUCACCAGGUAUGACAUCUGCAUCUACAAGAACAAGCCAUGUGGAACACUAGGUCUGGCUCCAGUGGGUGGUAUGUGUGAGCCAGAGAGGAGUUGCAGCAUCAACGAGGACAUCGGCCUGGCCACCGCAUUCACCAUCGCACACGAGAUCGGACACACUUUUGGUAUGAACCAUGACGGCGUGGGGAACGCGUGUGGCUCGCGUAGCCAGGAGACAGCCAAGCUGAUGGCGGCCCACAUCACCAUGAAGACCAACCCUUUCGUCUGGAGCGCAUGCAGCAGAGACUAUAUCACCAACUUCCUAGAUUCUGGCAUGGGCUCGUGCCUCAACAACGUCCCCCCUAAGCAGGAGUUCAUCUACCCCUCCACGGCCCCCGGCCUGGUGUACGACGCCGACGAGCAGUGCCGCUUCCAGUACGGAGUCAAGUCGCGGCAGUGCAAAUACGGGGAGGUGUGCAGUGAGCUGUGGUGUAUGAGCAAGAGCAACCGCUGCAUCACCAGCAGCAUCCCGGCAGCAGAGGGCACCAUCUGCCAAACCAACACCAUCGACAAGGGGUGGUGCUACAAGCGCGUGUGUGUGGCGUAUGGGACGCGGCCCGAGGGCAUCGAUGGUGGCUGGGGCCCCUGGUCGCCGUGGGAGGAGUGCAGCCGCACCUGUGGGGGCGGAGUCUCGUCUUCACUACGACACUGUGACAGCCCCAGGCCCACGGUUGGAGGGAAGUACUGUCUGGGCGAGAGGAAACGCUUCAGGUCCUGCAAUAUCGAUGAGUGCCCGGCGGGCUCGCAGGAUUUCCGGGAGAUUCAGUGUUCGGAUUUCGACAGCGUUCCUUUCAGGGGAAAGUUCUACACCUGGAAACCCUACAGAGGAGGUGGUGUGAAGUCGUGCUCUCUGAACUGCCUGGCGGAGGGCUAUAACUUCUACACGGAGCGCGCCCCUGCGGUGGUGGACGGGACACCCUGUAGGGAGGACUCCCUGGACGUCUGCGUCAACGGAGACUGCAAGCAUGUGGGUUGCGACCGCAUCUUGGGUUCGGAUGUGCGCGAGGAUCGUUGCCGCGUGUGUGGAGGCGACGGCAGCAGCUGCUCUGCCAUAGAGGGACUCUUUAACGACACACUACUGGAAGGAGGCUAUGAGGAAGUCAUCCGCAUCCCUAAAGGCUCUGUCUUCAUCCACAUCCAGGAGCUCAAUGUGUCCCUCAACUACCUGGUCCUUAAGAGUAAGAGUGACCAGUUCUUCAUCAAUGGGAAGCUGACCAUCGACACUCCUCGCCGCUUCGACAUCGCCGGCACCACGUUCCACUACCGUCGCCCGGCCGACGAACCCGAGUCCCUAGAGGCCCUCGGACCCACCAACAUCUCUCUAGUUGUCAUGGUCCUGGUGCGAGAGGAGAACCCUGGUGUCCUGUAUCGCUUCAACCCCCCUGUGAGCCGUGACCUACUCAGUGGAUACGCUUGGCACUACACCGCCUGGACACGCUGCUCGGAGCUGUGCGCUGGAGGUGUGCAGCUGCAGCAGGUUGUGUGUAAGAAGCAGGCAGAUCUCUCGGUGGUCUACAGCCACCUCUGUGACAAGAAGAGCAAACUGAAGGAGAAGAAGAGAGCGUGCAACACAGAACCCUGCCCCCCUACGUGGUGGACGGGUGCGUGGUCCGAGUGCAGCCGCAGCUGUAGUGGGGGUGUGAGUACGCGCGAGGUGCUGUGCAAGAGUAAGAUCUCGGAGACGGAGGAGCGGGUACAGGACGACGCCACGUGUACCACCCCGCGCCCCCCCAUCACACAGACCUGCAACAACCACACAUGCCCCCCAGAGUGGCAGGCACUCAACUGGUCAGAGUGCACCCCUAGCUGUGGGCCUGGGUACAGGCUGCGUACGGUGCUGUGUAAGAGUGGGGAGAACAGCGACACACUGCCGGAUGCAGAGUGCCCCAAGCAGACUCGACCUAGCAGCCGGCUGCGCUGCAACCUGCAGAGGUGCCCCCCGCCACACUGGGUGCCGGGGCCCUGGGGAGAGUGUUCUGCUAAGUGUGGGCUGGGUCAGCAGAUGCGUAUUGUGAAGUGUGUAAGUCAUGCUGGGGUUCCGUCGUCCGAGUGCCCGGAGCUCCAACGGCCCGCCGCCAUGCAGCAGUGCCGCAGCAAGUGUGACCUCGUCAUCGUCACAUCGGACAACCCAGAGGAAUGCAAAGAUGUGAACACAGUGGCGUACUGCCCUCUAGUGCUCAGGUUUAAGUUCUGCAGCCGGCCCUACUUCAGGCAGAUGUGCUGCAAGACCUGCCAAGGACACUGAGCUCACUCACCUCUCACCUCUCACCUUCAAGACCUGCCAAGGUCACUGAAAUCACCUCUCACCUUCAGGACCUGCCAAGGUCACUGAGCUCACUCACCUCUCACCUCUCACCUUCAGGACCUGCCAAGGACACUGAGCUCACUCACCUCUCACCUCACCUCUCACCUCUCACCUUCUGACCUUCAAGACCUGCCAAGGUCACUGAGCUCACUCACCUCUCACCUCUCACCGUCUGACCUUCAAGACCUGCCAAGGUCACUGAGGUCACUCACCUCUCACCUCUCACCUUCUGACCUUCAAGACCUGCCAAGGUCACUGAGCUCACUCACCUCUCACCUCUCACCUUCUGACCUUCAAGACCUGCCAAGGUCACUAAGCUCACCUCCGACCUUCAGGACAUGCCAAGGACACUGAGCUCACUCACCUCACCUCUCACCUUCUGACCUUCAUUAGAACUGAGCUCACCUCCGACCUUCAAGACCUACCAAGGACACUGAGCGGAGCUCACCCCACCUUUCACCUUCACAACCUGUCAAGGACACUGAGCUCACCUCCCCUCCGACCUUCAAGACCUGCCAAGGUCACUGAGCGGAGCACACCUUUCACCUCUCACCUUCCGACCUGCCAAGGACACUGAACAGCUCACCUCACUUCUCAACUCCUCACCUCUGACCUUCUGACCUUCUCCCCGUCAGCCUCCUCCUACUCCACUCCGCUUCAGUCCACUCCACUUGACUCUGAAACAGACCCGGCCCAGCUCUGGCCCACACUCAGAUAGGGUCAGUGACAGAGUUGUAUAAAGUAGAAGUAAUAGUAGAAGUACUCUUACCAAUGUAUUUACAACAGUAGUGGUAUGAUAUUACAUGGCUUCCACUAUGUAAUAACAUACUACUAGAGUUGUAAUUAUAUCGUAAAGCUGGGCUCAACCUACUCGACUAAAAAAUCGUGUCCGAUUUUGAUGAAACGAUGAGACAAUGCCCGACAUUCUAUUUCAAUUUGUAAAUAUCAGUGUUUGAUAUCUCCGAUUUGCGAUCUCCGAUCGACAAAAUCCUAUCUUAGAACGUCACACACAACAAAGAAAUCUUGCUCAGCAAUUGCUUGUGAUGGUCCUGGGAGGUAAUGUUCCACCGAUUGUCGUAAGGGGGGCUUUCAGCCGAGAUUCAGGCCAAUAGUGGUGUAGUUUGAGCCCUCCUUAAGAAUACUUCUACUUUAUACAACUCUGGUUUGGUCAGUGACUGGACAGGACAUGGCAGGGCAAGACAGAGCAGGGGUGCGUUUCUGGGGAGCAUUGGUGAGCUUGCCACUACCACCCACCACAAUAUCGUCAAAAGAUAGAAUGCCCACUGUACAGCAUGGCACCCUCUGUCUCCUGGUUGCCAGGGUGGUCGGUAGCUUAGCAACGCUCAUAGGAAACGCACCCAUGCGCUGUGCUACAUUAAGACAUGAAGUCACUUCCUGUUCUGUGAAUGCUGUGCUGAGCAGAUGUCUGAAGGAUGAAGUGGGAGACAUAAAAGGGGGGGGGGUGGAACAGAUCUCUUGUUGCCAGGAAGGGGUUACAGAGACUUCCAAGUAUCAAAGAACAGAACUGCUGCUGCUGCUGCUGCCACCACUGCUGCUGAAUAGUCUGGAUAAGCCUCUUUACACCUUUCAUCCAUACCUCCAUACCUCUACCCAGGGCUCUAGAUUUACUUUUUCAUCACCAGCCAAAAUGGCUAGUACAUAUUAAUCUUAGUAGCCAAACACACACUCACCAAUGGGUCAAAGUGGCUAGUAAGUUGGUCUUCUCUACCAGCCAAACUGAAAUUUCACCAGCAUUUGGCCGGUUGGCUGGUAUUAAUUUAGCGCCCUGCCUCCACCCAUCCAUCCGUCCAUCCAUCGCUAUGGCAACAUGCGGUCAGAUCCUCCAUCCAUCGCUGCAACAGCUGACCAUCAGUCUCUGUGUACCGUAUCGCCAUGGCGACUUCCUUUCAGACUGAAUCAUUAUCCGCCUCCAUAGCAGCAUGUCUUUAGAGUCUGAAGCUCGCAAAAACAUCUGGCUGUCACCAUGGUUACAUGCCAUCAGAACUUUCAUACACCACCAAGGAAACAUGCAAUCACAGACUCUGUGUAUCACCAUGGUAGCAUGUCGUACUGGACAAUGCAAAUGUCAAAUACAAGCCUCUGGAUACAGCAUAGGACUAUGUCGACAUGCCAUCAGAACUCUCAUACAUCACCAUGGAAAUAUGCUGCCACAGACUCGGGUUAUCGCUACAGCAACAACAGAAUUUUCAUGCGUCAUUUGGAUGACUUGUGAAACAUGAUACAUGCAGGCCAACAGGGCCUUACUGUAGCCAGAAAUGUCAAAAGUGAAAGAAAAAGGUAAACAAAAAAGAAACCCAGUUUCCUUCCAACACAGGUAACUUAUCUGAGUAACCAGUAGACCUCUGUACUCGUUGGAUCAAGAUUGUGGUGGGUCCUUGUUAGGUUUUUAGUGUUUUUCAGCAACAAUACAAUUUUAUCUUUCUCAUUAGGUACAAUGGAGUGAAUGGAGUAACAGCUAUGUAAUUCUUGUGCUAGUGCUGUACUUACACCAUGAAUUUACUUUUACUUUUGACACCUCUGACUGUAGCUUUGUACUGUAACUUUAUGUGUGUAUGGAAUAGCCACCCCCACCCACACCCAGCCCACCAACACAGUCUCAUCCCAACUUGUCAAUUUCUGACUACCUUUGACCAGACGAGGGCAUACCUGCCACAUCACAUGUUGACUACGUGGCCUAAACCUAGACCUUUCCCUGACCCUAACCGUCAUUGAAGUUAUGCUGCCACAAGGGGGCGCCUUUCAGGAGCACGUCACAUUUUGACUCCAAGGGCG